AUGCUUUGUUUUUGUUUUUAUUUGGAUUUAAACAGUCUUCUUUUCUUUCUUUAUCUAUCUAUACCAGCAGAUCAAUUUACAAUUUACAUUUCUUCUCCAUCUCUGUCUCUGUCUUACAUUUACAUUUCUUCUUCUUCUUCUUCUUCUUCUUCUUCUUCUUCUUCUUCUUCUUCUUCUUCUUCUUCUUCUUCUUCUUCUUCUUCUUCUUUCAUUCUUUUUGUUUUAACUUUUUUUCUUCUCCAUCUCUGUAUUCAUCUUCCGACUGCCUCCCUUUCUAUCUCUUUCGCUCUCUCUCUAUCUAUCACUCUGUCUAUCUAUCUCAUCCUUUUUUCUUCUUUCGUCUUUUCUAGACUGCCCCAUUAUUUUAGAUUCGCUAUUCUCACAGUCAUCUGUUCCAUAUUCAUUAUCUCACGCAUUCCAUAUUCAUUCCAACGCAUCUUCUUUUUUCUUUUCAUUCCUAAUCUCACUUUCUUUCUUUCUUUCUUUUUUUCUUUCUUUCUUUCUUUCUUCAAGUCACAGUCAUCUGUUCAUACUCUCUAUUAUCUCACACUAUUCCAUAUUCAUUCCAACGCAUCUUCUUUUUUCUUUUCAUUCCUAAUCUCACUUUCUUUCUUUCUUUCUUUUUUUCUUUCUUUCUUUCUUUCUUUCUUUCUUUCUUUCUUCAUCUAUAAUAUUCAAUAA